CAGUUUUUUCUGUUUUGAACCAAAUCGUGCAGAUGGAGCUCCGUUCUCUCGAUGGCAGCUCUGACGCUUCGCCGAGCAAGAAAGCCCGCUCGAGCAUGCAGCAGGAGCUCAUGACGUGGAGAAUCAUCUCGCUGCUGCUGAUUGGCGCAGUGAUUGGCCUUUCCGUCGCGCUUGGCGUCAUUUACACCACCCACAAGGAUCUCGAAGAGUCGGAAGCGUUGGCCGCGUCUCGUCGCGAUAGCUGCCCGGCGACCGGCAUUCCUGGCGCCUCUGGCUCGUCGAAACCUGGCCCUUCGCCGUUUUCGGCUGCCGACCCGCAUCCGCUGGAAGACCUGUACCCGUCCGAAACCCAAGACAUUUUCCACGCCUUGAUGAGCAAUGCGUCGCUCCAACUCACGCCGUACGACGACGCGGCCUUGUCUGACAACUUUAUCUGGGCGAUGGAGCUCGACCAGCCGGCCAAGUUUGACGUGCUGAACUGGCGGGACGGCAACAAUCAGCCCAAACCCAUCCGCUUUGCGCGCGUCGUCAUCUUCCACGGCGCGUGGGCUGUCCCUGAGGUGGUCGAGUACCGCGUCGGCCCGCUGCCCGUCAGCGCAUCCAACUUCCGGGUCUGGCCCGUGCGCCACGUCCCUUGGAUUAUGCGCCCGAUGACCGUCCAAGAGUACGAUUUGCUGGAAGGGAUUAUCACGGACGCCUUUGGGCAGCUCGCCACCAUCUGCACCGAGUCCUUUGGCGGCACGUACGAUGAGGAAGCCCUCACGUGGACGGAUUCGUCCCCGCGCGGCUACAACCGCACCGAGCGUCACACUUGGGUCUGGGCCAUGCACAACGUGGACGGCGCCCCUUACCUGCUUCCGACCGGCCUGGAGCUGAUGAUUGAUCACACCGACGUCGAUCCUUCCAACUGGUUUGUCAAGAGCGUCGCCUACAACCUGCAGGCGUACGACACCAUCGCCGAGCUCAUCGACCAGUACAACAACAAUGCCAGCUUUGUCAAGAUUAACUUCCCGGCACCGACAGACCCGUACUACCUGAUCGAGCAGUCCAAGCCCACGCGCCAGAACGCCCAGCACGCUUCUCCUCGCCACGUCAACCCUGGCGGCCAGCGGUUCACCGUGAACGGGCCCCAGGUCGAGUACCUGGGCUGGAAGUUCCUCAUUACAUCCAGCUUCCGCUCUGGCAUUUCGUUCAGUGACAUUUCCUUCCUCAACGAGACCAUCGUGUACGAGCUCAGCCAGCAAGCCGCCGCCGCCACCUACUCUGGCCGCCCGGCAGCCCAGUCUGCCAGCCAGUACGACGACUCUGGCUGGGGCAUGGGCGCUGCGGCCCAGCCUCUGAUCCGAGGCGUCGCUUGCCCAGAGACGGGCGUGUUUGCGGACGUGUUCAUGUGGUGGAACUCUGGCAACAUUUCCCACUUCCAGGGCGCCGUGUGCAUUUUUGAAAAGGACUUGGGCACGCCCAUCGCCUCGCACUUUAACAAGGGCAACGAUGGCCUCGACUUUGCCACUGGCAUUCACAGCACCGCCCUUGUGGUGCGCUUCAUCUCGACCGUGUACAACUACGACUACGUCUUGACGUACACCUUCUUCCUGGACGGCUCGAUGGACGUGGACAUGUCUGCGACUGGUUACAUGCAAGCCGGCCGCUGGGCCGAUGCGAACGACAACCAGUUUGGCACGCGCGUCCAGGACCAGGUGAUGGGCAACCUGCACGACCACAUUCUCAACUUUAAGGUGGACCUGGACAUUGCAGGCACUGCAAACACGGUCGACUCGAUUGGCGUGGCGUACGACACCUUCCCGGAAAACCCCUUCCUGCCUCCCUCCAAGCUCGCCAAGAAGCUGACCCACAACCUGAUUGCCACCGAGAUGGCCUCCAAGAUGCGCUUGAACCCAAGCAACCCGCACCUCAUCACCGUGAUCAACACGGACGAACCCAAUGCGUGGGGCGUGAGCCGCGGCUACAAGUUCCACCUGCACUCGCAAGCCAACAGCCUGCAGACGCCUGCGCUCGAGUGGUGGCCUGCCUUCUCGUGGCUGGAAAACAGCUUUGUUGCCACAAAGCGCAAGGAGUCGGAACACCGCUCGGUCGAGCACUUUUACGACAUGAACGCUCCAGACGUGCCGCUCGUCCGCUUCCUCGACUUUGUCGAAGACGACGAGAGCAUUCUGCAGGAGGAUCUCGUGCUUUGGGUGAAUGUCGGCUCCAUCCACAUCCCGUCUGCCGAGGACAUUCCCCUCACCACGAUUGCCGGUCAAGGCAUCGGAUUUACCCUGCGUCCGUUCAACUACUUUGACGCGGCCAAGCUCGAGGACCUUCGCCAACGCAUCUACAUUGCCUACAACCCGGCCAGACCCAGCGUCGGUCUCGUUGAAGUCGACACCGCGAAGGCCAGCGAGUGCUUCCAGUCGACGCCCGACUAUUCCUUCUCUGGCUCCAACCUUUACGGCGACCACUGAGUGUUGUUGUGUUUGUUUGAUUGAAGAAGUUUUGUGUGUGUGAUGAUGAUGAUGAUG